GAAAAGAAUCAGCCAGAAUGAGGCCAAAAUAAAGAAAGGAAAGAGCGAUUCUCUUCUGUGCUUGCUUGUUGGGCACCCCCAACCAAGCGACUCUCCUCUUCCCCUCUUAUCUCCUCGGAGGAGAAACAAACAAGGCCGCGCUCUUCCUUCUCCCCCUCUCCUCGCAGGUUUGGGGCAGUAACUUCUGACCAUGGCAGGGACCUUAGUCCUGCCCGUUGCUCUUGGGACAACUUUCGCAGGCCGUACAAAGAAGUCUCAUGGAACCAGGAGGCCUACCUCAAUGCUUGCAAUGUCCUUGAACCGUCCUGUAAGGAUGGCAGGAUUUGGUGGUCUGAGAUCAGUACAUAGCUUCACAACCAUGCCCUCCUCCAACUUCAGAUUGACAGCUGCAUCUUACAGAUCCUCUAGACGGGGAAGACGUUCUCGUUUUGUAACCAGAGCCAUGUUUGAGAGGUUUACCGAGAAAGCUAUAAAGGUCAUCAUGCUUGCGCAAGAGGAAGCAAGGCGCCUAGGCCACAACUUUGUCGGAACCGAGCAAGUUCUAUUGGGUUUGGUUGGAGAAGGAACUGGUAUUGCCGCAAAGGUGCUCAAGUCCAUGGGUAUCAAUCUUAAGGAUGCCCGCGUGGAAGUGGAAAAGAUCAUUGGGAGGGGAAAUGGUUUUGUCGCUGUCGAAAUACCGUUCACACCACGCGCAAAACGUGUUUUAGAGCUUUCAUUGGAGGAAGCUCGCCAACUAGGACACAAUUAUAUUGGGUCUGAGCACUUGCUUCUUGGACUUCUUCGUGAGGGUGAAGGUGUGGCAGCCCGUGUACUUGAGUCUCUUGGUGCUGACCCAAGCAAUAUUCGUACACAGGUUGUCCGAAUGAUUGGUGAAACAACAGAAGCUGUUGGUGCUGGAGUUGGCGGAGGAAGCAGUGGUAAUAAGAUGCCAACACUUGAGGAGUAUGGAACUAAUUUAACAAAAUUAGCAGAGGAGGGAAAGCUAGAUCCUGUUGUUGGAAGGGAACCACAGAUUGAACGCGUCAUACAAAUUUUGGGAAGACGAACAAAGAACAAUCCCUGCUUAAUUGGAGAGCCCGGUGUUGGGAAGACAGCAAUUGCAGAAGGGCUUGCUCAACGCAUUUCUACUGGCGAUGUGCCUGAGACAAUAGAGGGGAAGAAGGUCAUUACCCUUGAUAUGGGACUUCUUGUUGCUGGUACGAAAUACCGUGGAGAAUUUGAAGAACGGUUGAAGAAACUGAUGGAAGAAAUCAAGCAGAGCGAUGAGAUAAUUCUCUUCAUUGAUGAGGUUCACACCCUCAUAGGAGCAGGAGCUGCCGAAGGUGCUAUAGAUGCUGCUAAUAUCUUAAAGCCUGCAUUAGCAAGAGGAGAAUUACAGUGUAUUGGAGCUACUACACUUGAUGAAUACAGGAAGCAUGUUGAGAAAGAUCCAGCAUUAGAAAGGCGUUUCCAGCCAGUAAAGGUGCCAGAGCCUUCAGUUGAUGAGACCAUAGAAAUUCUCAGAGGACUUCGGGAACGAUAUGAGAUCCAUCAUAAACUCCAUUACACUGAUGAUUCUUUGAUUGCAGCUGCUAAGCUAUCUUAUCAAUAUAUCAGUGAUCGUUUCCUUCCAGAUAAAGCAAUUGACUUGAUCGAUGAAGCAGGUUCACGUGUAAGGCUUCGACAUGCCCAGGUUCCUGAGGAAGCCAGAGAGCUCGACAAGGAGCUUAAGCAAAUAACAAAGGAUAAAAAUGAAGCCGUCCGUGGCCAGGAUUUUGAAAAGGCUGGAGAACUGCGAGAUCGUGAAAUGGAAUUGAAGGCCCAGAUAACAGCCCUGAUUGACAAGAGCAAGGAGAUGAUCAAAGCAGAGACAGCGUCAGGAGAGACUGGGCCGAUGGUCCAUGAAUCAGAUAUCCAGCACAUUGUAUCAUCAUGGACUGGUAUCCCAGUGGAGAAAGUCUCAACUGACGAAUCCGAUAAACUUCUUAAGAUGGAAGAGACAUUGCAUAAGCGUGUCAUUGGCCAAGAUGAGGCUGUGAAAGCAAUAAGUCGCUCUGUCCGCCGUGCUCGUGUCGGCCUCAAGAACCCCAACAGACCAAUUGCGAGCUUCAUUUUUGCAGGUCCAACUGGUGUUGGGAAAUCAGAGCUUGCAAAGACUCUUGCAUCGUAUUACUUUGGCUCUGAAGAGGCCAUGAUCCGACUCGAUAUGAGUGAGUUCAUGGAGAGACACACAGUGUCCAAGUUGAUCGGUUCACCACCAGGCUAUGUGGGAUACACGGAGGGUGGCCAGUUGACGGAGGCAGUUCGACGCCGGCCUUACAGUGUUGUGCUUUUUGAUGAGAUUGAGAAGGCACAUCCGGAUGUGUUCAACAUGAUGCUCCAGAUCCUAGAAGACGGAAGGUUAACUGACAGCAAGGGGAGGACAGUGGACUUCAAGAACACGCUUCUUAUAAUGACAUCAAACGUGGGAAGCAGCGUCAUUGAGAAGGGAGGGCGUAAGAUUGGGUUUGACCUCGAGACUGACGAGAAGGACAGCAGCUACGGCAGGAUCAAGAGCUUGGUCGUUGAGGAGAUGAAGCAGUACUUCCGCCCUGAAUUUCUCAAUCGUCUUGACGAGAUGAUCGUUUUCAGGCAGCUGACCAAGCUGGAAGUCAAAGAGAUCGCGGACAUCAUGCUACAGGAGGUCUUCACCAGGCUGAAGCUGAAGGAGAUUAAUCUGCAGGUCACCGAGAAGUUCAAGGAGCGGGUCGUUGACGAAGGGUACAACCCUAGCUAUGGAGCACGGCCACUAAGGAGGGCGAUCAUGAGGCUGCUGGAGGACAGCCUCGCGGAGAAGAUCUUGGCCGGGGAGGUCAAGGAAGGCGAUUCUGCCAUUGUUGACGUGGACUCUGAGGGGAAGGUGGUUGUGCUGAACGGCCAGAGCGGACUGCCUGAGCUUCCAACCCCGGCUGUCACUGUAUAGUUUGGUACAGAUUGUUAAAAAUACAUCAUUUUCAUUUCAUUCGAGCAUAUAUCUCUUUGUAGGUAGUGUAUAGCAGUAACUGUAUAUAUAUAGUAUGCAUUAAUCAAAGGGGAAAUAUUGCUGGCUUUGACUUC